AUGUCGCAAGACGAUACCGAGUAUCUUCAGGAGGCGCGAAAGCUGUUUAAGUUUACUGAGCUAGUAAUCCAGAAGCACAAGAAGACUGAUCUCUUGAAACAUUCGCAGCCCUUUAGAAGAGCCCAGAUUGAGAAUGUUCUUAGAACCAAAUACAGGGGUUACAUGAGGCAGGUUCAUCAGGUAGUAGACCCAAGUACGUCUAAAGCUGAUGUUUUAUUGUAUUCCGGUCGCAAAGAUUUGGUUCCAUGGGAAUCGAAAGCUAUAAGAAGCAUACGAAAGGAUAUCUCUUUUGAUCGUAAGUACUACGAAAUGAACGAAACGGACUGUACAACGGAAGACUGUAAGAUUGCUUUGGAUGAAUACUGUACCAACAUUUUAAGUUCCACGGAGUCACUAUUGAACACUCUGAACAACUUGACCAAUGCUCCAAAAGCUGAAUCGUUACAGGUCACCGAAUCUGAAAUAGCACCAGCGAACAUUAACGAAAUAGAAAUACCAAAAGGUCCACGAGGGACACCACUACAGCGAUCUUCAACAGAUGUGUUAUCUAAAGUACCCACAUCUACAUGUACUCAACAGAAGACGAACGGCAAUACCGCAGAGGCAGGUACGGACCUGGAGCUUCUUGGAAAUAAUGGAACAUUCCCAAACUCUGCUACGGAAGAAAUGAAGAAUAUGGCUGAACCUAGAAAAGACAGUAAACUUUUUCCUACUGGACCCAGAAAAAGCGCGGAUUCAUCUGAACAUCAGCCUCACAUGGCUGCUAACGUCGCAAACUGCCCGAUUACGGAAAACUCUGACAGGAUAAAAGAUCGAUAUACUGCGGAAGCGGGAAAUGUGAUGAAAACGAAGCAACGAUCCGUUAUUGCUCCUAGCCCGAUGCAAAGUAACGAGAUCAACCCAGUAGAGGUGGAGAACCCGGCAACUGAAAGUAACGAGAUCAACCCAGUAGAGAUGAAGAACCCGGCAACGGAAAGUAACGAGAUCAACCCAGUAGAGGUGAAGAACCCGGCAACGGAAAGCUACGCCGAUGUGAAAGUACCCAAAGCUGUUUCAGUUGCAAACAAGGCGACCUCUCCAUCAUCUAACAACGUAAAAACCACAGAAAAGGAUAACGGUGCUUCUACUAAUAUAGCCAACAAUCCAAAGGAAACAAAGAAAGACAUAAAGUUUCUUGAGGACGGACUUUUACUUUGUAGGCGUGGGACUAUGACAGAACUCUUACGUAGUAUAUUGUCUGAGAACAGUUCAAAAACAAAUCGAAAGGAAAAGUCAUCAGGAAACCCUACCGUACCAGAAACUCAUCCAUCCACCGAUCAUGCAGCCAUUGCAUCAACAAAUACGGUGAAUAGUCAGGUAUGCAAUGGGAGAGACGUGCAGCUGACAACUAAUUCUAACAAAAAGAGGGGGUUAUCCACCCCCAAAGAAAUCAAACUAACCAAGAAAAUGAAAAGUGCUCGCACGCAAGAAAACAUGGUAGAAAGCGUUAAAAAUAGUACAACAACAUUAACAACAUUACUAGGGAAACCAGAUAUUGAACAGGAUAUAAUGCAAGUACCGAAAAACAUUGUAAAUAUGUCAAAACCAAGUUUUGGAACCCCACCGCCGCCACCUCCAUCUUACUCCAACAAUAAGAAACUUAUAUCACCAGGUCGUUUACAAUCGCUAAUUGAUACAAAAGACAGGAUGAUGGAGUGUCACGAUUUGAAAAGUGACUUAAUAAUGAUUUCCAACAGUGGGACCUACACAGGAAAUACUACCGAUGAAACAAAAAAGAAGAAGGAGACCGCUAAUCCUUUGUCUGCUCUUCUUAAUUCCUUGGAAGCAGAAACACACGAGGCUUCUAACAAGAGUAGCUAA